UUGUUGCAACAGGAGGUUAAGAUCAUCAAGGAUAAUUAUGUAACCAAAGCGCACCCGGAAGAGCUAAAGAAGGAUAAAUCUUUCUUAAAAACAUCAACAUCACCAGCUCAUCAUCAUAAGGUAGGUAGAAGGUGCAGUGCCUUCUUGUUAGAUGUGGGUGCUACGUUCGGUGCCAGUGGGCCGAUGGGCUUGUCGCACGAGUUAUCAGCAGCUGAUGUACCGUUACAAACAACUGACGUACAGACAAAGACGGAAAAGAUAUAUACAGCACAAGUAGCUAGUCGUGCUCGUGAUAGUGCCGAUGUACUUGCACCUGCGUCAGACAUGCAUAAGGCUGACCUCUUUACAUCUGGAGGCGUGACUGCUUAUAACGGUGCGGAUGGGCGGCAAUCAUCAUCAGGCAAAUCACAGCGCAGGAGGCGCUAA